CGCCCGGGGGAUAGCAACACCCAAUGUUAGGGCAUCCGGUUUUAAAAGUAAACAAACAUGGCGUCCGAAGAACAAGAGAUGGAUGAGACUUUUGCAGAAAAUAUAGGCAUUUCAGAUGAAGAUGAAUUAGGAGUCGAUAUUGACGACAGCCAAAGUUUUAACGAUCCACUGAAGCAACGAUCCGUAACAUACGCAAUGACCAAAGUGCAAAACUGGUGCAAGAUCGUCGGGUUAAACCCCAAUCUGGAAGACUACGACAAACCUGGUCUCUGCAAACUCCUAUGCCACUUCUUCUCGGAGUCGAAGAGUCCCAGCAAACCGGAAAAGCACGAGGCGUACUCGUACAACACGCUGCGAUACAUCUACGGCGGCCUUCGCCGCUACUUCGCCUGCUCCCGCUACAUGAACAUCACCUCCGAUCCAGGCUUCAUCGAACUCUCGAAAGUGAUGCAGGACUUUGCGCGGGUCGCCAAGGCGACGCCGUACCCGAAAGAAGCGUCGGCGACAACGCCGAUGACCAAGUGCGACCUUCAGAAGCUCUACCAGUCCGGAAUUCUCAACACGGUCGAGCCGAAAGGUCUCAUCAACAAGGUCUGGUUCGACAUCAGCCUGCACUUCUUCGUGAAGAAGAACCCGAAGCUGGCACAGCGCAACAUGUCGCCGUCGUCGUUCGCGCUCGCGAGCGAGAGCGGCCGCCGCUACCUCUACAUCUGCGACAUGCACCUCAUCUCGGAGAUCGAGAGCGGCGACGCGGCGUCCGACUCGCGCUACCGCAUGUACGAGCGCGCGGGUGACCGCCUCUGCCCCGUGCACUCGUUCCUCAAGUACAUGAGCAAGCGCAAUCCGAACUGCGAGGCAUUCUACCAGUGGCCUGAGCACCACGCGAAGCUCUGCUCGUUUGAGGACUCAGAGAUCUGGUACAGCCACCGCGCGUACGGCCAGAACAACCUCGCGAACAAACUACCGACGAUCUCGCAGGAGGCGAAACUCUCGAAGCUGUACUACAACUCGGCGAUCAGGGCCACGCGGAAGAUGCUUCUCAAGAAGUUUCCGGGGAAGAACGUGACGGACGCUCUGAGCGGCAUCCUCGAAAACGGCAAAGACGAGACCGGGGUGAUCAAGGUGGAGCCGUCUGGUAUGUCGAGUUCCGAGCCUGCGGGCAGUUCUUUCCCGACAUUAAUAGAGGUGGCCAGCACGAGCUACGGCACCAACAGCUGCAGUUCCUCCCUGGACCAGGGCAGCCCGCACGAUCCGCGAAACUACUGGAACGAGUCGCCGGCCAUCCUCGCAGGUGCUGCCACCUGCAGUAGUUCGGAGGGCAGCGGCAUCGUGACGUCGCCGGCGUACGAGAUGACGGCACCUCUACGCAGGCUGCAGGCGCAGGCGCAGCUGCAGACGUUACUGAACGACCAGAAGGCCAACCUGAGCAUGGUUGAACUCCGACCCUCGAGUCGGCCCGCUUCCAGACCGCUACCCUCCAUAGAAGUCAGCAGUCGAGCCGACAGCGCGAACUGGGUGCCUGCAGCGUCGAUGGACGAGCAUCUGAAGCUGCUUCGCGUGGAGCUGGCGACGAGUCUCCCCGCCGGCUGGACGUUCUCGCCGCAUCCCGGCAACGGUGCGCUGAAGAUGCUACACAUCUCCGCCGAUGAGCACCCCGUCAUACGCAAGGUUCUCACCGUCUUCCCCGACCACAGCUUCUCGCUGCACGUGCACAAGUCACCGCUGCCGCACGACCACCUGCUGCUGAGCCUCUUCCCGCCGCCACUAGAGCGCGCCACGCAGGUGACGAGCCUCCUCAACGCCGUCGAGCGACUGAGCGUCUGCCGCGGCGCGGGCAGCGCCGACACGGUGCAGCUGUAUGAGGGCGCCACCAGCGAGCGCAAGUCGCGGCUGCCGGACGCGGUCGUCGAGUACGCGGACGGGGUCGGGUCGGACGGCGCGCCGUACCACUGCGCCGCGCGCUCGCCGGGAUGCCAGUACCUCACCAACACGCCGACGUGCCUGCAGUGCAGCCUCGUGAAGGAGAAGGUCGAGGAGGCGCUGCAGAGGAUGAUCUCCGACGACAGGAUGAGUCUCUAGGGAACGCCGUUCUUCUUCCUCGACGACGAGUUGGGAAGAUUAGAAGACGACGUCGAUUUUGGGGGGGGGGAUCGUGCGAGAACAAUGUGAUCGCGUAGAGUAGCGGAAGAGUGCGAAUUUUGUAGAGAAUCGUGGAAGAUUGUGAUGAAUUCGUGUGGAAUCAUGGCAGAAAGUGAUGAAUUUAUAUCGAAUCUUGGCAGAAUGUGAAUUCAUAGAGGAAUCUUCGCAGAAUUUGUAGAGAAUCUUGGGAAAACAUUGCGAAUUCAUGGAGAAUCCUUAAAGAUUAUGGUGAAUCUGUAGAAUAUCUGGUUGGCACAGGGUAAAUUCAUAGAGAAUCUUGUCGUGACACGAGGAAUCCGUAGAGAAUCUUGUCACAACAUGGGGAAUCCAAAUAUAAACUUUUCAGAUAAAAAUGUGCAUUGCAUUCAUAGAGAAUCUUGGCAAAACUCAGUGAAUCCGUGGAGAUAUUGGCAGCACAUGGCAAUUCCAUGGAGAAUUUUUGCACAGCUUAGGUCCACAGGAAUCUUAAGACAUCGUGCAGAUCUUUUUGGCAAGUCCAUCUGUAAGGAAACUUAGUAAGAUAUGUGCAGUCUUUAGGGAAUCUUAAGCGAUGCAGCAGGAAUUCACAAUCUUAACCGAGAUGAGGUUAUUAGACUGGGCAACUUCGCUAUGUCAGAAGAUACUCAUUGGAGAAAUCACGGAAAGAAGCAUGUAAGGCAUUUUCCAUGUGUUUCCACAUUAUAAAAUUGUACAAAUGUAAGUUAUUAUGUACUGUAGAAGUAGGGUGUCACUUUAUAAAAAAGAAAAUGAAGCAGGGUACGUGUAUAUUUAAGUAGUUCAUGUGAAACCAUCUGGUAAGUAGUUUUAAGUAUCUGCAUCAUAAUCAUAGCCAUCGCGUUUAUUGUCAUUUAAUAAGUUUUUAUCUCCAUGUUCACACUUUGAUUAAGCAGGGAUUUUUUAUGCAUCGGUGGAUUUUAUCAUGAUUUAGUCAUGCACUUUGUGUAAACCACGCAUAACACGUAGAUUGUAAAUUUGUAUUAUAGCACUGCUUCCUUUUUAUAAUACUGAGAACAGAUUUAUUAUGAACAGUUCUGUAUAUAUCUAAACAAAGGUAGAGUCAGGCAUUCAAUCAGUUGCAUCGUAAAGUUGAUUAGGUAGUAAUGAGUAGGUAAUAGCACUUGGGUCGCAUUAUGUAUUUUGUGGUGUGUAAAUGUUGGAAUCACACAAACUUGCAUUGUUGUAGUAAGAAUGAAAAUGUGCAUUCCUGUUAUGACAUGGACAUUGUAAUAAAUAAUAGGUAACACCAAGUAGGAAUGGUUAA